GUCGUUUGCCUUUCUGUACAGCUAGCAUGAUCAGUGCAUCAGCGAUGGCGUGCUCUGUGGGUUUGAUCUGGGAGACGCUGACUGGAUGGGAACUGUGCAGGGCCAAGGCGUAGGGAGGGUGAGGCGUGGUUCUGGUGGGACUCCUGAUACCUUCGAUCCCAAAAUAAGUGUGAAGUCGAUCUCUGUUGGCUUGUCUACUGUCAACAUUGUCACCUUCAUGGGACCCCCAGCAAAGUUAGGAUGCGCCCAUCAAGAAUCUGCAUCACAAGGAGACAAGACAUUUUCUAAGAGAUGGCUGCGGCGAUGGUUCGUCCUGAGGCGCACUGCCGGUGCCGUUUACCUCCAGUACUACAAAGACGAGAGCUCCAAUCGACCCAAGGGCACCAUCAACCUCAACGACUGUGAGCAGGUGGACCAGGGACUGACCUUUGAGGCCAAACGCCACCUGGCCAAGGCCUUCGUCUUUGGCAUCGUUACCCCCAAGCGCAAGUACUUCCUGGUCAGCAACAAGGAGGAGGACAUGAUCCGCUGGGUGAGGGAGAUCUGUCUGGCCUGUGGCUUCCAGCUGGAGAACCAAGAAGAAGACGAAAUAGCUGAACCGGCUGUAGCCACGCAGCCUAUCAGCGUAGCCCAAUCCCCGCUGAAUGCAUACUCUCCACGGCCGUUUCCAGCCUCCGUGCCUGCCGAUCAUGCUGAAUCUUACAUUCCACUGGACGAGUGUAAGAGCGGACAGACCAAGGAGUUCCUGUCGCAGAGCGUGCCCGUCAACGGGGGUUGGGAUGGUACCGGUAAUCAGGAGGUGUUCUCCAUGGACUCUAUGAGGCGGUCGCGCACUGGUAGCUCAAGCAGCAACUCCAGCAUGCCCAAUGAAAGCCCCCCUUUGCCGCCCCAAUCCGAGACGGAAGUGGCUGGAAUGGAGAACUACGACAUCCCUCCAGCUUUGCAGAGACUCAGCAUUGCCAACAUGCAACCCACAUAUGAUGUACCGCCCGCACUGCUCAGGCGAGACCCAUCGUUGCAAACCCAGGACGACAUCUACAAACCUGUGCCAGUGCCACGUCCGGCAGACUUAAACUCCAGCAUCCACUCCCCUUUUACGCAAGAUAAUCAGAAUCAGCUAAAUGGGGGAGCACAUGACUUGUAUGCCGUGCCGCCCAGGCACGAUGGGGGAGGGAUUUACGAUUACCCCCCGGCACAUCCUCUGGUAAAAAAUCAGAACAAAGAGACGACCUCCUCCACCGACAAACUUGCCCAGGACUUCAAGCAAAUCUCUGUCCGCAACUCAAGGGGUACGGACGACUCACUGGAUAUUUACAACGUCCCCCAGUCGAGUCUUAAGAAUGCCGCAGACCUUUUCACUUCCCCCGAGGAUGCAGCGGAGAAGAGUGCCACUCCUCCGCCAAGACCUCCCAAAUUGACUCCCACUUCUGCCACCUCUAUCGAAACCCAGGCCGUGCAAACUCCUCCAAGGCCGCCCAAGCCACAACACUUGAGGCCUUCCACCCCACCAUCAAGCUUUGAUGACACAUACGCCGUGCCUCCUGUCCAUGCCAUGCCUGUCUCCUCCCAGGAGUUGGAUGUUUCAAUUUACUCAGUUCCCCCCUCGCAUAUCAGAUCCCCACCAAAUGGGCACCAGUGGCUGGACAGCAAGGUCCCAACACCAGGCGGACCAGGCCAUCGGUACAUCAACACCAGCAAGAGUGCCAAUAGACAAUCCCUCCCUCCCAAAUCGGCCGGCUACUUCCACCAGAGGGUCGUCCCCCCUCCCCCGCAGCCUCAGAGGUCCUUUGACUCUGACCUUCGCUACGGCCCGUCCCCAACCCUGGAUCAUCUUGAGAGCUAUCUACCGAUGGACGGCAGCAGUGGUGAAUCCAACGUGUUCCAGUAUCCCGGCAACUCCACGUACAUGGCUAUGGAGGGCACCAACGGAGGUCCGAGACUGGAUGGACGUUCCUUCUCCGAAAGCCAACAGGAGACGUACGCCUUGAUGAACUCGGGAGUCCCGCUCCAGAGGGGGUCUGCGCCGGGUUUCGGUUACCGGCACACGUUUUCCGGUGGCGAGAGACCGCCCCCUAUUGACCGAAGUUUGAAGCCGGACAGGAAAACAAGCGAGGGAGGAAUCCGAUCUACCAGUACCGAACGAUUUGGAAUGGAAGGAAGUUUCUAUGCAACCAGCGAUAGUCUUCCUCCAAGGCCAGUGUCUGACAUGAGGCCGGUCCAAUCAGAUAGGACUAGGAGCUACAGCCGACGCCCGGGACAGUAUGAGAAUGCAAGGAUCGACACUGACGCAGAUCCGUACCGCGUAAGAAGCAACACUGGGGACAGCACCACCUCAUCCUCGGACGAUGACCUGUACGGUCCCGGGGAGCACGAACUCUACGCCCCCCGUGCGGUGCCAACGGUUCCAGAGGAGGACACGUACAUCUAUAAGGAUGUGCCAGGUACCAGCGGGCUCUCAGAGCGCCCCUUAACAGAAGGGCUGUCCAACACCCCCUUCCCUGCCCCGCCGCCCUGCCAGCAAAGUGACGAGAUCGAGUACCUGGAGCUUUCCCACGACCACGAGGAGGAAGCCCGUCAGCCUCCCCCGAGGCCCCCUAAGUCUAGCUCCCCGACGGUGGAAUACUUUGACCUGGACCCAGACAAGACCCAGGCUCUCAGGUUUGUGACCGAGAGACGGGAAGAAGAGAAGGAUGGGGGGAUGUCAGGCCGCAGCACGCUGACUAGGAACCGAGAUGUAUAGGAUUCAACAAUGAGAACUUGUUAUUACAGGCACCUACUGUACUUUAAAUAACCCUUACCCCUUAGGCCCUUUUGGCUAGGGACCAUCCUCAAUUCUGCAAAAUCCUCCAAUUGCAACCAUGUAAAAAUUAGAUACAGCCUCAAUCCUCCAAAAUCAUCCGUUAAUUCUUAAAUUUGUUCAUUGGAGGGGUGACCACUGCCUCAUUCCUUCAAGAUUCUCUGACUCGCUUAUUGUAGCAGAAAAUCCUGUGCUUACGGUAAGAGCAUUUCACGGGUUAGCGAGGAAUUUUGGCUUGUGCGCAUGUGUACAUCCCGUAACUAAGGAUUCUGUGAUUACUGGCUUAGCGCAGAAUUUUUUUCUUCUAGCGCGGUUAGCAUAGAGUGGUGAUCGUAAGCACAGAAUUCUGUGGUUAGCAGAGCCAUGGAAUGGGGCCCAGAUGUGAAUCAAGUCCGUUAUCCAAAAAACCCUGACGUUGUCUUUCCAUCAGUAUCGUCUCGGUGCUUUUUGCCAAAGUAGGUCUACAUAUCAAUGAUAGACCUUAUGCGUAGCAGCCAUCUUAGAGGGCAUCUUUUGUUAUUUUAAUUCAGUAGGAAUGAGUGCACGAAAGGUUCACUCAUGCAUAACCCAGCAAAAUAAAGACAUUACCCUCUAAGGUGGCUGCUGCGGAUAAGGUCUAUAGGCCCAAUUUCAAAAUGGACACAAAAAUGGACUGGGAAAAGUGCUUGGAAAGGCUUGUGGAUAGGUGGCUUCACAUUUUCCCACAUGAGAAAUUUCUUUUAAAAUUCAUGGAUUUUUGGCAUCCCAAAUUAAUAUGAUUUGGAAUCCUUACUAAUGAUCCGCAGAAAUGCCAUUCUAAAGAUGUAAAGUAUUUCCAAAUUGCUGAGGAACAACAUUUGAAAUUUCACAUUAUUUUAUGACGACUUUUUUCCCGACAAUUUUAAAGGAGUUUUACCCUGUAGAAUAAUUCUAAAAAGCCCUUUGUUUGCUUGAAAUGUAUAUAUAUAUUAUUAUACGAGAAACAAGACAAUAUGUUUGCAUGUAUCUAUUAAAAAAAAGGUGGAAAUAUUUUUAUGAUAUAAAAUGGACUGUUUUUAAGUUUGAUUUCAAAUUAUGUGACGGUAGCUGUUUAAUCGGCUUGGGUACUGUGAUUUAUCAAAUGUACACAGAGAUGCGAAUGGGCUAGGGGCUUUAUGUUUUACAUAGAAUUUUAUUACGUACUCACUUUAAGUAAUCAUAUGACAUAAUCAAGUUUUACAAUGCUGUAAAAACUAGCAAUUGUGUGAUGUUUGAUUUCCGCAAACACUGACCAAUUUGUGAAUUUGAAAUAACUGCAAACUGUAGCACUGUUGCUCCAAAGGCUACGAGUAAUCAAAGAACUCAUUUUAAGAUCGUAGUGUCAUAGAGCUUCAUGGAAUCUGACUCAUCUAACGUCUGAAUGUGCCAAAAUUGUGUUUUUUUCUUUUUAAAUGCUACAAAAUUCUUAUCACAACCUUUGACAGUGUUUGAACCAAAAAUAAAAUAGAAACACAAUGCCAUGUGUCAGUUGUAGCAUGAGAAAUCUCCUGACAUUGGAUUUGACAUGCAAGUUGUAAGUAACAGUAACAAAACUUUGUUAUAUUUUUUAUAACCCUCAAUAUAACCCGGAAUAUUUAUGGUGUAAAUACUCCAGAGGCGGCCAAAUUUUUGUGACUUACUUAUAAUAAUGCCAUGAUAUGAAUUUCUAACUUUUGAUGAAUGAGGUCCAUACUCAGGAUGUUGCUUUUAAAAAAAAUCACAGCUUUUUUAAACUAUAACUUCCCGGAAUCCAUCCACAAUUGAAGUGGCCAACACUAUGGGGACAGCAGAAAGUCCUAAUAACUCAAUCGUAAUUUUUCUAACAAUAGAAAACUGCCCCACAAUGCGGUGCUGGCCAGGGCACAUGUACAUACGCAGUGUUACCCUUUGAACACAACUCAGUUAUGCUUUGUAUGUUUUAAACAUGUUCUAUUUUUUUAAUGAGAUGCAACCAGCAAUUGAAAAUGUGAAGUUAUCUUAAGUCGUACAUUAACACAACACAAACCAAACCUUAGCAUUUGUAUCCUUUUUUUAAUGCAAGAAAACCUUAAUUUUCCAAUAAAGUUUUGAUUCGCAGGGCAUUAACCAAGGACUUUUAAGAUUACAUUCGAUAUUUGUACUUGAUAAGAAAUGUGAUUUCCUUUUUAUCUCUUACUAACGCUGCAGAUCUGUAGCAUAUGAACCACUUUUAGUAAUUCUCGAAACGAGUAUUCUGCCAAAUUUGAAUAGUUUCUUUUUGUAUUAGAUCUAUGCACACACUACAAAGCUCCCAUUCCUAUGCAUUGUAAAAUUCCACGCGUUCUUUCCAGACAAUCAGGGUGGUUUCUUUACUUUUUCUAAUUUUGCUCCUGCAUAGUGUUGUUUGUGUCUUUGUAAUGCCCCAACUUGACCAUGGUCCCACUUUUGGUAGUCUGAGUAUCUCACCCAUUCUUCAACGGAGCCCUCUCAGUAUCCAACGUCUUAUAUAUAUCUAAGCAUGCACAUGAUGUCAUUUCGAUCAGAAAUGUGGACUAAACUGUUGAUUGGUCAAUUUGGCUGACAUGUUUUUAUAAUACAACAACAGGUUACGGAAGACCCGAUACAAGGUGCCCGCUGAAUGGUCAGAAUCUCAAGGUCAAGACGCAGUCUUGUUUUGCGUAAUUAAUCGCCGAAUCUGAUCGCAUAUCAUAGACCUCUAUUCCAUAGACUAUUCUUUGGCUAGGACAGUCCCAACUUUAAUACGGGUUCCAGUUGGAAAACUUUUGUUAAGAUGCACCCAGCUUAAUUUGGGACCGAUGGUCAAGUUUAGGCGUAACAUCUUGUUUAGACUUUGAAUAUGUAUUUACUGUAAAAGAAUAUGAACCAGUCAACAGUAUAUGUGUUUUACAAACUUGGCUAAUUGACUUGUCUUUCUAAAUGACUAUUUUCAUUCUAUGCUGCAAAUGUUUUUAAUUUUGAAAAAGUCAGAAGGUUUUAUGCACGGAACAGUACUGGCCUUCUAUGCUUAAAACCACAUUAAACUGCCCAGAAUGAAAUCUGAUUAAAUGUUCGCUUCAAAAUUGUGCAUGCCAUUCUGUGAAUACACACACAGAAUCUUUAUUAGGGCAAUAAUCAGUUGUAAAUACUUUCCAAAAUUAAUACAUGUAGCUGCUUCGCUAUGCAUCUCUUAUUUUUUUAUCCCUGUGAUUUGAAUAUUUUAUAAUCAGUACACUGUACAGUACUAAAUUUUAUUAUUAUUUUUUUCCUGAGUAAAUAUGAAAUUUAUUGUAUCUAAAACUCCCAAAUUAUUUUUUACUCCAAUGUUUAACUUUCUGCGUAUAUUUUUUUUGCAUGUAAAUACAUUUACUCGGUACUUGGUUCAGACUGCGUAUGACUGAUUUGUAGAAUACCAAUAAAUUGUACAUUUAAUGGAAGACUUGUCGAAAUAUAUAUACUACAAAAUGUUAUGAAUUAAGUUGGCGGUCAAAAUUUGUAUUGCAACAAUAAAAAAACGGAGUAAAUUUAAAUUUUAAUAUUCAAUAAUCCAAGCAAGCGAACCAAAAGGCUAAAAAGGAACUGCCACCGGACUGAAAAAGCGAAUGUAAUUUAAAAGUUACUCAGUAAAAACCAGUAGUUCCCUGAGUUGUCUAGACGUUAUCAGAUUGUAUUACCAUUAACAUAUACCGGUGUAAAAUUAUAUGGGAUUAGCUCUUGUUUUCACAAGUGUGUUUUUGACACUUCGCCGUUUCGAAGCCGUACACCCAAGAAAUUCUCGGACAUUCAACUUGAACAUGCUUUGCUCACUUUGAUUUUUUAUUAUAUUGUUACACAGUGGCUGUGUUUUUCCUACUGCCCUUGCCUUAAUGUAUAAGAUAUCUUUUUUCCAAAGUAAACAGUAAAUGCUGUGUGUAGUACUAAGACAAAUCUCUAGCGUAAUCUUUUUAUCAAUACUUGUAGAAAUCUGAACUUUUUAUGGUGCAUUUUUAAAUGGGUGGUUUUUAUUACUUAAAGCUUUGCAAGUAGCUUUAACUCUGUGAACAUGAGAUACUGGGUCAGUUACUUCUUUCCACAUGAAGCAAAAUUGGCUCUCGGGGGGCCUUUUGCUGUAUACUUUAUGUGUUGGUUAGCUCACAAUGACUUUUGCAAGAAGUACUUCAUUAAAACAAUUUGGCCGUUGAAUUUGUGAAA